AUGUCCGUCCAACCGACUCCCUCACGGCCUGCUUCCGAGCGCCGCACGUCGUCAAUGCAGAAGCGCCAAUCCAUCCUCCCAAGACCGCCAUCACUCAUCGUCGACCCUUCAGUCCUUAUUGCUCAGCAUGUGCAAAUAGCAGGCGCAAACCCAAUCACCAUUGGCCCAAAUGCCAUUAUACACCCGCAUACCAAGAUCAGCAGCGCGAUGGCGCCGGUGGUGAUUGGCGAGGGCGUGAUCGCGUUUGAGAAAGUGAAGAUCGGGGUUGGCAUGGGAGAGAGCGGGAUUGCGGACAGCCGGCGUAGCAGUGUCAUGUCUCCUGGGAACCGAGAUUCGCUUCGCGGAGAGGGGACAGUCUUGGGUAGGAACGUGGUGAUUGAGACGGGGGCGGUCGUUGAGGCAGCGGAGGUGGGCGAGGGGACUGUUGUGGAGGUUGGGGCUGUGCUGGGGCCUGGGUGCGUUGUUGGGAGGUAUUGCACAAUUACUCCGACAACGAUACUACCGCCAAAUACGCAUAUUCCUGACUUCACGGUGGUGUAUAGUGGCACCGAGAAAAGGGUGGAUAACACGUUGCAAUCGCGGCCGGAGCUUUUGGAGGCAAGGGCUCUUGUGCACAAGAAGCAGAUCGAUAUGUUCAAGAGGUUGGUGCCGAAUAAUAUCGCAAAGUGGGCAUGA